CAAUCAGCUGCCACGACGAUACGAACGCCGCCCUUUGUCGUUUCCUUCGUAUGUUGCCAUCGCUGCCCCCAUGUUUAGCUGUGGCUUAGACAGAGAGCACUCGUGAACUGCAAAAUAUUGAAGCUAAAACGAAGUCUGAUCCUUUGAACAUCCGUACGAGCACGAAAGCACCUUUAUGUUUCCAACGAGAACGUUUUCAGUGUUCAAAGGUUUUUGAGGCCUAUACCAUGUUGUCCACAUUCGUUGCACUUCUCGCACUCUUCUCGGCGUUUCUUUUUCGGUGGAUGCGACGGACGUUCACAUUUUGGAAUGGCCGAGGCGUAGCACAUCUGACUUUCUGGCAGUACCUCCGCUUCGUCUACGACAUCUACACCAAGCCAGUCAACGAAGUAAUCCGCCGUUCCUAUAAUCGAUAUGGUCGUGUGUACGGUUCCUACCAAGGCACGGUGCCUACUCUUGUGGUUGGAGAUCCCGACAUCUUGCGGGAGGUUCUAACCACGAAAUUCCAGAACUUUGCAGACAGAACGGUAAGUAUAGCGAGAACGCGGUCGAGCAAGUUUCCACGAUGCCAAUCAGGUAAGUAGUUGCACUAAACUAUGUAUUGUGUUGUUCAAAGAAGACGCUCUCCACUGACGAAGCAUGGUGUCAUAUCGUAAUGGGUCCGCAACGGGCCGACGGACACUAUACAUUUGAACGUACGUGCGUACUGCAACAUUGACGCAUUCAGGAAGGUGGGCACUGACGUUGAGGACCAUAUUGAAUGAAAGAAGAGAUAAUUAUCUCAUGUAUCACUCAGGCUUACAGCUAAAAUGGAGACGAUCUGAGCUUUGCCGUGGAACGCCCGCUUCAGUACGCGCGGUCGUUCUGUUGUUUUUUCUUACCAUCAUAUUCCUCUUUACGUGUGCUGCGCCUUACGAUUAAGCUACUACGGUGGCCAUCUUUCCGUCAGUUUUCUUAGGUAUUUGCAUAUGUGUACAAGAACAACGCUUACAGUGUUAGCCAGCGCCACACACAGCUAUGAUGUCAGAUGUUGAACAUGCUGCAGUGGCAACAGCAAUGGCGCCACAUCAAUUCUGCUGCAGACGCUCACGUCCUCUCGAGCAACGGUGCUCCACCCAGCCAGCACCUCACCCACCACGCGCAAGCACCGGCUAUACCCGCGGGCAACUGUCUGUGGCAAUGAAGAAAAAAAGCUAUGGAGUCAGAGCGCACACAAAUAUGAGCGCUCCUAAAGAAGGAUCCACGUGUCAUCCCCCUUAGUUCUGAUCUGGGGAAAAUGGGAUAAACAUCUUAAUUACAAUAGGGAAGUAACACAGAAGCUAAAGAAACACUCACUUCUCUAUAUCUGUCCCUAUCAUACAUUUGAAACCUAUCUUACAGAAAAAGCUUCGGAUUUAUUGGCAGUGCUUAUGGGAAGCGUAUUAUGAUGCGCUUACUGAAACCUCCAAUGAGCUUCAUGCCAUUCAGCAACAGUCACAAAAUUUGCCAUCCAUAACGAAAAUACGACAAAAUGAAGCUACCAUGGGUCCAUGGAGAAACGGCCACGAAUAUGGCACGCGCUCGUACCUGUUGGUUGGUGAUGAUCCGCCAAUCUGUGGUAAAUGUGGUGUGACUUUGACGGAGCUCCGCUUGUGACUGGAAUGUCGCCAUAGGAAGCUCAUAGAAAAAUGUGCUUUGCUUACUGCACCAUCCUGCAAAUACACUUCAUUCAGCAAUGUUUCUACUCAAUCACCUAGUCUUUGACAAUAAAUAAGUUUUAGUUUUUUUUUUUUUUUGAAGUUACGUUCGUGUACUGCAUGCUCUAUAAUCAAGCGAUCCGUAGCGCAGCUUCUGUUCAGAGGUUGCUGUUGCAAUAGCAGUAUUCAGAGCGCGUAGUUGUCGACUUUUCUGCGCAAGGGCUCGGGUGUGGCAUUAGUGCUACUGGCCUAUUGUCCCAUUAUUAUUUUAUGAUCACUUCGCAACAUAUAUUUUAUGUCCAUAGCGCACCUUACUUGCUAGUGUCUUAUUUUAUGUACACACGCAUUUUACACAUUUAUACAGUGAGUGAUUUUAGUCUCCGUUACAGUUAUGUUGAAUCCCUGACUUCGUGUGCUACUAUAAACGCAUUGUACCAUGUAUU